UCCUGCACCACCACAAGAAUUAUACUGUACCUACUUUAGUUUACGGACAAGUCCUGCCCCCACAGUGACAUCACUUUUAAUGAAUCUUCUGCAGUGAGCUGCUUAGGUUUCAGCGUGAGAGAGCAGGGAGAUUCUGCUGAACAGCAAUGUGGAGCGCUGGUGCUAUAAUACUACCACAGAUCCGUUAUCCACUAAACCGACACAGACGUCAAUAGCGCAGCAGAAUGGCAGAGGAAAGCAGGGGGAAACGAAGAAAGCAGGCGAACCCGAAGAGAAACCAAGUCACUUUCGAGAAGCUGCCAGCCUUGGGAUCUGAGGGGGAAGAUGAGGAAACCCAGUCUGUUAUGGAGGAGAAAGACAGUCAGGAUCCUGGUAGCUUCAAUCCCAUUGACGGUGGAGAGCCAGUCAGCCCAUCUGAGUAUCCUCGCCCCCGGAGCCUGAGCUCAGAGCCCAGUGCAGGAGAGCAGGAGCAGGACUGGCCAGAGAAGGAUGAACACAUGACCCGACAACUUCACGGUCCAUGUGAAGACCAGGCACCGGAGUCGGAGCUGGAGGGGCUCUACUAUCUGAAAGGGCUGGAGAGAGACUCGCUCAGUCCGGCCAGCUUACCGGAGUGUCUGCAACAGAACGGAACCCCCAUAAUCUACCCUGAGGCUCCAGAGGAUGAGCCCCUCCCUUGCAGAACCCCUGUGAGAGACGUCUCUGAGGGCAAAGAAGCCGCGCCAAGGACCCCUGAAAGUAUUCUGAUUUGCCCAUACUGUAACCGUGGAUACCGGAGGGACGGCUCACUACGAGAGCACAUUAGGUUCUGCCACAAGAGAGAGGACAGCAGUCUGGUUUGCUCACUGUGUGGCUACAGUGCCUCCUACCAUACACAGAUGGAGAGGCAUAUGGAGUUACACAGCCAAGCACAAAACCAGCAUCCAGGACUUGAACAACCUACAGAGAACAGGAAGUUUAAAUGCUCGCAGUGUGGCAAGGCUUUCAAGUACAAGCAUCAUCUAAAAGAGCACCUCCGCAUUCACAGCGGGGAGAAACCUUAUGAAUGCUCCAACUGCAAGAAAAGAUUUUCACAUUCUGGAUCGUACAGCUCCCAUCUCAGCAGUAAGAAAUGCCUGAGUGGGGGGAGCACCAACGGCGGGGCCUAUGGUGGAUUGACAGCCAGCUUAUCGCCCAAAUCUCCCUCUUUGCCCCUGAGCCUGACACCCACAGGAGGGGCCAAAAGAGGCUUAAAGGAGUCCCUCUUGGACCCAUCCUACCCUUUCAGGAUACAAGACAGAUGCUUAGAUUACAAGCACGUUGAGGACUCUCCAAAGGACAAUGCAGACUUACUGAUGAGCAGGGAUAUGGGUCUAGAAAUCCCUACACUCCAGAAACUCCCACACUGUGCACCGCUCUUGCCUUUUCUAAAUCCAGGGAGAGAAUAUGAACACAUGGUCAGUGCAAUGCUACAGGGGAGUGGCUAUGGUCAAUCAGCAGAUUUUACCUCCAGAGGGAUGGAAAAGGUUUUACAAGAGUGCCGGGAGCAAAUGCACAUGGAGAAGCCAUCAGACCCAGACAAGCCCCAGCUAAGUGUCAUCACCUGCAGAUGGUGUUCUCAGCCGUUCCCCAACAGAGCCGUGCUGUAUCAGCAUGAGAAGUACCUCUGUAAGAUGAAUAGGGAGGCUGUGGAGGCAUUUGAGGGCCCCCGGGAAAGUAGGGAAAAGGAGGACUCUCAUGCUUUGAACUUCUCCAUCAAAAGCAACCUAGUUCAAGACAGCCAGAAAGGCUUCAAUAGCACCAUCGUGGUAAACGGUUCUUCAGAAGACCCCAAAAGACUGCCUCACCGCCAAUUCCCAUCCCGCAUCUCGUCUCCGAAUGUACCCAGGCCCAACCUUCUUUGUUUCCAGGCAGAAUCUUCCCCGGAAAAUUCCACUUCCACAAGCACUCCGAUGAAGGAAUUGCGGAACCUAGAUCCCCUGCAAAGGCUUGCUGGUGGCUCUCCUUCCUACCUUGAGAAAAGACGUCCGGCUGCCAUCUACGAGGAGGCCUCGUGUCUGGAUCUGUCUACUUGCCCACCUCAAAAGAAGGGCAGGCCUGCUCGAGAGAGACCUGCCUCAAGAGGACCUCAGAUGGAGCCCUUGGACUUAUCUUUACCCAAACCCAGAGAGGAAGCCAGCGAAGGAUCAGACACAAAUGGAAGCACAAACAGUAUGUCCCCCAUUACUGAGAAGGAGAGAACCGUAUCCCCAGGACAGAGAACGCCAAUACUACAGCCCCAUUCUUUCGGAAUGAACUCUCUCUAUCGUAACUCUGUCUACAGUGCCUUUCCUUUUAUUAACUCUAUGCUGCCCGGUGGCUUGGUGAACACAGGCCAUGAGGGUCUUCCGGGAGUUGGCUUAAACCCAGCAGUUGCCGGAAUGGCUUUUCUCCCUCCGAUGGCUUAUAUGUUUGAAGCAGAUCCGGAAGCUCUUUUGAAAAGGAUACACCAGGAGAGACAAGCCGCUAUGGGAGAGGUGCUAAACAGAGGUUGCCUAGACUACUUAUCCUUGCUAGAUGAUGGGAUAGAUGUGGAUUGCGGCCCAGGAAGAAAGCGCCUCAGGAAGACAGAAGAUGGCCUUUACGCCUGCGACCUAUGUGAUAAAACAUUCCAGAAGAGCAGCUCACUCCUUCGCCACAAGUACGAACAUACAGGGAAACGGCCGCACCAGUGCAAGAUCUGCAAGAAAGCCUUCAAGCACAAGCACCACUUGAUCGAGCACUCCCGCCUUCACUCUGGAGAAAAACCCUACCAAUGCGACAAGUGUGGCAAGCGCUUCUCCCACUCUGGAUCCUACUCCCAGCACAUGAACCACCGCUACGCCUACUGCAGGAAAGACCUGGACCCCAACUCCGAAGGGGCCGAGUUGAGGCAGGAGCCCACCCCCACUGAUGAAUCCUCCUACACGGAAGACGGGGACUUCAGGAGCGAGGAUUGGGAGGGAAACGGUCAUAACCUAGAGCACGAUGAACCAGCGGGCAUAGUGGACAACCACGAAGGUGGAGAGGAUGAUGAAGAGGGCAUCCCAACGGACAAUACUGACGCAGACCAGAGGCUUGAUCACAAUGUGAAGGACCCCACAGAAGAGCAGGGCGAUACAGCAGAGAUAACGGAAUAGUGCCUUCUCCUGCAGUAUACCCAAUACUGCAUAGUCAUUCUGAUUAGGAUUUAUCCGAUCUAAAUAUAAUGGAACUCAAAUUGAAGACCACAACUACGGUCUUGAGUCAUCAAAGCCUUACGAGCAAGUUGGUUAAACGGCAGGCAUAGAAACAUUUCACGUGUCACACGACGUUUGAUUAGCAGUAUAAAAGGUAUCCUAGUCCGAGCCUUCAGCAGGUAACUAUUGCUGGCAGCUGUUAAGCAACUUGUUGAAUGGGAUAUUGUCAAGAUAUACACAUUCAUCUCAUGCUGUUGCCCCGGGAAAAGUCUCCUACAGCGAGUUGCCAAAUCCCUAAAAGUGGCUUUCUGUGUCACAGAAUUUAUAAACAUAUUCCUUAAAGAAGGGAGACUAACCCCUAUAAAACGGGGAGAUAUUACCAAUUAUUUCAUUACAGAUACAAUGGCAUUAUGAUGCAUUAAAAGACAGUCCAAAAAUGUUCCACGCCAAUGUUUUACCCCGUGGAUUCCCCUGCCAACCUAAGCCCUCCCUCCAUGUUCAUGUGUCUUUUCAAAAUGGGUUUAAAACCAUUAAACCAGAAUGUAACACAAAUGUAUAGGGUUGAGUCUCUUUAAAUCUCUUAGGGGCACAAUCACAGAAAAAAGUAAAGACUGUAUCUGUCAACAGAAACUUUCUUUCACCCCUGGAUCUCUCUCUGAUAGUUUUCAGGAGCCAUCCAGUCAUUCACGUUGCAUCACCAUCUGUAAAAAAAGAUCUUGCACACGAGAUCCUGUUUAAUGAAAUAAAAUUAUAAAACUGCACAUUGAUCACGCUGGUGAGAACUGCUCCUUGCAGAUACUAUGAAAAGUAGUAUUUUGUCAAUGUUGGUCAAUGCUCCUCGCAUCUUUUGGGCUUUCAUCCCUUUGUUCCAAACACUAGACCCACUGCCUCCUAUAAAAUAAAACGCAUAUCCGAGGAGGAACAUUUGAUUGUUUUAUUUUACUGGUUUUAAUUUAUUUAUAGGAGAUUUUAGUUUUUUUUUUAUUAUUAUAAAUUAUCUCCAAGCAUAUUGGUGCUAUACGUUCAAGCUACACAGUAUGGUUAAUAGAAUGUGACCAUUUUUUUUUUCAUAAUUAAAAGUCAAAGCUUUUCAUAGAAAAGUAAGCAAUCCAUGUGGCUUAUUCACAUUAUAUCUAUGGAUAUCCAGCUUACAACACAAACACACAUUUCAGCAAUUGGCAAAGGGAGGACAAGGCUUAGAGUGGCGUAGAUCUGCUUCCUCACCCCCUAAGAGAAAGGGUGCUCCCUCCAGUCUAGAGCAGACUGAGGCAUGGAGACUGAACUGCUCCCUCACCCCCUAAGAGUAAGGGUGCUCCCUCCAGUCUAGAGCAGGCUUGAGGCGUGGAGAGUGAACUGCUCCCCCUUGGAUUAUUCAACAAGUACAAGUUUCAUUUAUUUAUUUAUUUUCAAUCUGUGGACCAAAUUCUGGA